GUGUACAGGGGAACACGAGAGAAAGAGAGAGAGAGGCGGGCUGGCUCCUUGUUGGAGGAAACCAGCAAGUAAGAAUAGCAGCCUGUAUUUCGCCUACUGGAGUAUUAUUCUUUACGAAUGGGGCAUUGUUUCAUCUUCAUUAUUCGCCACAGACUCUAGUUGUUUCUGUUUGAUUAUUGGAAAUGUUUUCUAAUAGUUUUCUCUUUUGUGUAAGAUAGUGUACAUAGUGACUUAAAUUUUGUGAAAUCUUUAGAUCUAAUCUAGUUAAUCUAGAUAUUCUAAGACUAAGAUAUCUUUUAUUAUUAUUAUUAAAUAUUUAGACUAGAUCUAGAAUUAGUUCUAUAAAUCAGUAGCAUUCUAGAUCUAGUCUAGAUGUAGAUCUAGAUCUAAUUAAAUCUACACAUAAAUCUAGACCAAGCAUAUGAUUAGAUUAGAUCUAGACUAGAUUCUGGAUCUUUGCUGUAUACUAUUAUUCUAGAGUUAGAUCUACUAACUCUAGACUAGAUCUAAAGUGUAGAUUUUUAGGGCCUAUCCUGGCCAAGGCUAUUGAUCUUUUGAUUAGCAUCUCAGCAUGAGCAUCUGCUAGACUAGCAGUAACCACAGUUCCGUUGGAUUGUAAAUUCCUACUCUACAGUGAACAUACCUUGGACCACACUAUUUGAACCACUCGCUGAGUGGCUCGGUGCAGGAGGGAUAUAAACACGGAUCGUAUUGGAUAUAAACUUCCCAAGUUCUAGUGAUGUCAAGCUAGUGGUAACAUCCAGGUGUACAUGUCACAGUGAUAGCUCAAUCUUCAGAAUCUAGAUAGCUGCAUUACCACCGCCUAUGUAUCAGUCUAGAAAGUAGCCUUACUUCCCUUGCUGACUUCAAUAACUAUAUGAUACGCUGUGGCUGCUGAUUUAUUCCAGACAUACAGGAUGAGACGGCAGGGCAGAGUGACCAUAAUUUCAAAUUUGCUCAGAAUUUUGAUGGUUCUUGCUGGGGUGAGGGCUCAGGCCAUUACAUCCGACUCAUCUCAAGGUGUUUGUACAGUGAAAGGUCGAGUGUUUACACAAAGAAAUUGGUAUGGAUUCCUUGUUCACAAAGCCUUCCAUAGAGACUAUGCCAAGAUUCAAUACCAGAUUACCUAUCCAGUGAAAGAGUGCUGUGCCAACUUGUUAAUCUAUUAUGAUGAUCAGGUGAAACAGCUGCGCUCAUCUAUGACUUGUGAAGAGAGAGUUGCUGUUCUACCAGCAGACAACAAUCAGGUGAUUCCACUGCGUUCUUCCAAUGACUCCACUGGCUGUACAUUAUGGAAUGAGACUGGAGAGGCAUUCUAUGUUUGCCUAGGGGAGAGAAUCUUCCGGUCCUCAGUACCAAGAACAUGGUUCUUUUCUAUUAGUCGCUGUGAUCGAAGUGGACCUUUGAAUCUCAAUUAUGUAUUCAAUAUUACAGGCUACUAUGGUGAAUGUGAAGAUGAUCCUCUGGCACCAUCCUCUGGUUGGAAUUCCUAUGUUGGCUAUCUGGAAAACAACCAAGAAUCCUCCUCCAGUGAAGAUGUUUAUAAGUACCUUUCCAUUUCCCUUGGUAUUGUUGCUGGCCUGGGACUGAUCCUGGCCGCUGUCUUCUUUGGUUUAUGGUUUGUGGGGAUGAAGAAUGCUGCUAAAACCAAAGGGAGCUCAGUCACUUCAUCUCAAGCCACCAUGACCCAGGAUGACAUUUUUUAUGUGAACCCAUCUCUCUCUGACAGGGAGCAGGCAGAGUACAGCCAAAGUGGAUCUGAGAACUACUAUGAGGUGAUCCCAGAGCGUAGAAGCUAUGAAAGUAUCAACACAGGACUAGCCAAUGGAGGUGUCCACAUGAGGACACUCAGGUCUGUCCAUGGCUCCAUUGGUCACGGUCACCCACAUACUCAUCACCAUCCUCAUGCUCAUAUGCAUCACCCUCACCAAGGACAUCUGACCCAACCUAAAGACAUGAGCAACAUCCGAGGGGUGCCCUAUGUCUUUGAGGACUAUCCACCACCACCUUAUCAACCACCCAGACUCCUCGGACUGCAGAAAAACAACGGACUUGGCUACCCCCCAGGUCAUAGCAACACUUUGACUCUACCAGCCAAUCAACGUCAAAGGCCAGCUCUUGUUCACCAUGCUUACCAUUCAAGUUUGGUGCCCACUUCAGCUGCCCUGGGCAGUGGAAUAAAUAAUGGAGUAAACAGCAGCGGAGCCUCCACCAGCAAUAACGGCAUGUCUGGAAUCAUGAGCAUGAAUAACGGAAACAACAGCGGUAAUUUGAUGAGUUUGAACCAAAACAAUAACAACAAUAGUCUCCUGUUCAGCAACUCUGGCCUAAACAUGAACCUCCAAUCCUCGGUUCCAAACAGUCUGGCUACAUUUGGAAGCAGUGCUGGGACUGGGCUGUCAUCUCAAGGAGGAGGGAUGAACUUACAGCCUCUAGUCACCCAUCAGCUCAUCAACCUCCAGCCCUACUCCUCAGCUAACAGUAGCCAGACAUCCAGCAUAAGUGGACCCUUAAACACUCUGGCAGCAGCAUCUCAUAGCAUGGCGCCCUCAUCUGGGCAGUCUGAAACAAGUGCAUGAAGGUUUGGCCAUGACGUCUUGCUCGUCGACGUCAUGGCUGGCCAGUCAGAGACAAUUCUUUGAUCAAAAAGUAUUGUUUUGGAUUUAACCAGCGGAUGACAUUGCAAGCUGUAUGGCCUACUACACAAGAGACUACUUUUAUCAAAGUCAACAAAGGUUUGAUAUACCAUCAUGAAAUUGUAAAGAGAUUUAUGGAAAAAGUGAUUUCUAGAAUCCAAUUUCAUGUACUUGAAUAGACGUUUCUUUGUAGUCCAAGGCUUAUUUGACAACAGCUUUCUGAUUCUCUUUUUUAGUGUGAGAUAUCUGUGUUCAUUUGAUGUAAUACUGAAGACUGGCUACCAUUGGAAGGACUAAGACUGUACUAGUAGUUUACUAAAUAAAUAAUAAAAACUAACCUAGAAGACUACAAUGUAAGGAUAAUAAGUCAUGUACUAGUAGACUUGUAAAUGGAUGGAUUCUGACACUGAGUAAUCAAGUAAUAGCUACAUGAUCUGGAUAUCAAGUAAAAGUAGAAAUAUUCACUACUAAAUGUGGACCCACUGAGUUCCUCUGAUGUAUUUUUGUGUAGGAAGAAAUGGAUUGAACAUUUUUUCAUCAAUUGUUUAACAAUCUUGUACAGUUUUUGUUUCUGUAAAUAAGAUCACUCAGUGUUUUUUCUAGGGCACUAAUAAUGAAAUGACCAAACCAGAGGACAUCCUAAAUCUGGCCUAUUCAUAAUGGUGUGAAUUAGGCUCAAGGGAGUACACUCACAUUGAAUUUAACUUUUUUUUCUAAUUUUUGAGAGUUAAUGAUACAUUUCAACAUUUGACAUUUUGUAUGGUUCAAACACUGUGUGAGAAAAGUUAUAGAUAUCUAUGUGGUAGGACAUUAUGCUUAGAGUGUCACUGGAUUUUUACAUAAAACGCUUGUGCGUCCUUGGUAAGGCAUUUGACAUAGAGCCAAGAUGAUUACAUCAAACAUUUUUGAGUGAAAGCUAAGUUAUACUUUUCCUGACAUUUGUUUGCACAGUGAUCUGUGUUUGUAGGACAUAUACUUGUUAACUCUUUCAGUUUGAAUGAUAAGUAGAUAAUACUGUUUCGUUACACUCAUCUGCUUUGUCUUCUAUUGUAUGUCAUUCUCCCAUUCAUUCUCCCAUUGGACCCAUCAUAUAUCCCCUGGAAUAUGAACAUGUUCUAGAACUCAAUUUUAAUUAAUGUCCUCUAGAGUGAAUUACUACAUUAUGUAGCAGAUAAUCAUGACCUUGCAUAUGGAUACAUAGAUCCCAUGACCUUAGAUAUGGAUACACAUAUCACCUAAGUCAGUAUGACCAGAAUAAAAAUGUUUUAGGUUGUUUAUAAAGUAACCCACAACAAAUUACUAUGGAUCUUUAAAAAAAGAAUAGUUUGUUGUAGGCAGGGGCGGACUCUCUGUCAAAAUCUGCCCAGGCAUUUCAAUACCAUCUGGCCCAUAAAUUGUAUAUUAUAUGAUGAACAUCCAAUUCUAGGUCUACCUGUCCACUAAAUAAUUGUUAUGCAUACAGUGAACACUAUAUCCUUAUAAGAAUUUAGGCCUUAUAUUGCUUUUUCAUUCCAAAGUGUGUAGACCUUAAAAGGGUGAAGCUUACUAGUAGCACUGUCUACGGAUAUAGGCUAUUACAUUAUUUUGGAAAAUGUAUAGAUUAAAUUAGUAGGCCCUAGUGGAGUCUGUAAAAUAUUUCUUUUUAAAUAUGCUGCUAAGAGGGCCCUAUUUGUAAGAGAAUACUAUAAAACUUUAACAAUUUAAUAUGUGCCAUAGUGGCAUCCAUGGGGUCCUUAUCUUAUAAAAUACAAAUGUGACUUCAAAAAAGAUGAUUACUGUGGUUUUAAUGACCCAUUUGGGUACUGGCCUACCAGGCAUCUGCCCAAAUGUCCAUAUAGCCAGUCCACCCCUGGUUGUAGGAGGAAGUCUUGAUUUGAUUUAUUUCGCUGUUGUUUUUAGAUUUAAAUUUAAUGCAAGCAUACAUUUUUAUUUGUGUUGGACAACACAGACACAUUUUUUUUUGGUUUUGUUUCUACAACUUUGAACUCUACUUUUACAUUUAUCUUUGGAAAUUAAAGUUUUAUUUUCUUUGUUGACUGAUUUGCAUAUAAAAUAAAAAGGACUAUUUUGAAAAUAGUUUUUCUUUUAACAAUGACAUUGUUCCUUGGGAGUGAAACUAUAGGGACGAAUUUCUUUUCCAAGAUCUUCAAUGAGCUUUUGAGCUAAUCUACAGCUAUAUGUUCUCUCUGUUACUGCCACUUUUAUUUUUCAAAAUAGAAACAAAGUUUGUGGAGGAUGUUCUAUUUAUAAAUACUGACAUGAAUGUUGUCUUACUUUUAAGUUGUUCAAUACAGCAAGCCUACAAACAAUUUAAAACUAAUUGAACAUCCUAUCAUUUUAUUUUGAUCUGUGUUGAACAAUUCCAUGUUGUUGUUUAUUCUUGACCUUUAUUUCAUGUGUUGCCCCUGUCAUCCCAUACCCAGCCCUUCCCUUUGUAUCACAGUGUACAUCUUAGUAUUGUCAUUGAUUUUUGUCAACCAAAGUUUGUUUUUUUCUUUAUAUUCUUAACAAACAGUAAACCAUUAGCCCAUCUGGCUGUAGAUCUAGGUCUGUAUACAGCUGACUUUAGUCAAGGCCUUGAUAACUGUGAGCAACCAAGCAUCAAUGCUAGUUGGUUUACAGCAAUGAGAUUCUACAUGACUAGAACUUUAAGACAUUUCUUAGUGUUACACUCAGUGUAGGAUUGUAUCUUGAUUUGUUUUUGAAAAAAUGAAUAAAUAAAUUAAAAAGUAUAUAAUAAAUAUAUAUAUAUAUGUAUAUUUAUUUAUAUGAUAAAACUAGAAUUUUCUAGUUUUCUCUCUAUAAAUAAUUGAUGAAGUCUACUCUACAGAUACAUUAUAAAUAUAUUAAAAAUAAAAAAAACAUUCUGGUGAAUAUUUGCUUCUUUGUGACACUCAACAUAUGGCAUUAUAAUGAAUAUUCUAUUGGACUCUACUCCUUGAGAUGUAUGUAGCCCUAAGUGAAAUUAUUUUGAAAUCAUUUUAAUGUUUCUAUCAUAAACUAUAGCCUCAUUGAUAUCUAAUAUUCUUGACAACAUUCCUCUAUGUGUGUGUAUAUAGUUUGAGAACUCCUACAUUUAGAUAUGUGCUUAUGUCAAACCUUUUUCUCUCCACAAACUUACAAACACUUUACAACACUCAAUAGUUUUCUCAGUUAACAUUUCACUUCAUUUCAUAGACAUGUCUCUCGAAGUGCAUAGACAGGAUAUUUACUAUAUUCAUUGCUUUGUCAAGAUUUGAGCAUCAAUGGUUGUCUUUGUGUUUGAACUCUGGCAUGAAUACAUUCACAUCUUAGUUAUCAUUGGAUUACUUCAUUUCACUUGGUCUCUGUGGAGUUGAGAAUGAAAGAGGAUUGAAGAACUCUCUAGAAGAUUGAACACUGAAAGUUGUUGGAUGCAUGUAGAAACCCAACCAUGUCUCUUUAAUGUUUUUUUACAUUUCACAUAACAAAGCUCUUUUGACAUAAUAUUAUAAUGUGUUUCCAGACUCAAUCCUCUGAUGUCUCACAUGUUCUCUCAUUCUACAUUGAAACAAUUCUCUAGUUUUUUUUUAUUUGAAAAUAUGUCCAAAAAAAAAAUUUGUCAAAGUUUGAUCAUCAUCUACUAGAUUUUAGUUUAGAACUAUCAUCUCUCCGACUCAAUGAAAACUGUCAUUGUGUCUCCUUUGAUUUAGAAUGAAUUUUUAUUUAGUUUUCUUCUUAAUUUUGUUUAUAUGCUCAAUUUAUUUGAAACCAAUGGUUCUUACAUUAUACUGUUUAGGUUCUCAAAUCUGUAGCACCCACUUUAAUGUAGUUAAAAAUGUCUUAAAUUAAAAAAAGGCUUGCAGUUAAAAAGAGUUACUUAUUGGACCAAAAUAUUUUGUACAUUAACAUGGAAUCAGUUUAUAUGUCAAUGUAACUAUUGUGUGUAAUACCAGACUCAAUAAAAUUCAUUGUGGAUUUAA